AUGAGCCCGCCGGUGCUGCGACAAGGCACAACGAGUCCCACUCAUGAUAAACCUACUGACAUUACCGAUGCCCCCCACGUCGACGUCUUUAUUCCCGUAAAGUCCGGAGCCGACACUCUGAAUGUUGCUUCACUCGAUUAUCGCAAUAAUGGCGGACGUGCGACCUCGCCGACCCCUUCGCUCAUAUCCAUAGACGAUCUGAAUAAUAUUCGACUUGGGAUACCUGAUACAGAUGAUGUGGAUGAGGGAGUGGUGGAGAGGAGCCCAAGCGGACAUGCGGCGUCGCCGCUGCCGGCGACCAGGCCGCGCUCUUGGAAGGGCAAGAUACAAAGAUCCUGGGAUAUGAAUAAGGGAUUGGCGUUGGUGAUGGUGUCGCAGAUUUUUGGAACGCUUAUGAAUGUCACAACGCGGCUACUUGAGAUAGAAGGGAAUGAAGGAAAGGGUUAUGAUCCGUUCCAGAUACUUUUUGCGCGAAUGAGUAUCACAGUCGUUUGCGCGUCGAUAUACAUGUGGUAUGCGAAGACGCCGCAUUUCCCCUUUGGCAUGAAGGAGGUUAGGCCACUGCUUGUUGCGAGGGGUUUGACGGGCUUCUUUGGGGUCUUUGGGAUGUAUUACUCCCUUCAAUAUCUCCCACUGGCCGACGCGACUGUUAUAACAUUCCUUGCGCCCUCCCUCGCCUGUUGGGCCUGCUCCUUUCUCAUCAACGAGCCAUUUACCAGGAUGCAGCAAAUCGCAGCUUACGUCUCCCUCUUUGGCGUCGUCCUCAUUGCGCGCCCUGUCUCUCUCUUCUCCUCGCUCUCAAGUGGCUCCAGCCCGCCGUCUACCGGAGACCCAGACGGCGGUAUAAUCUCCAGCAACCCUACGAUCGGCGAUAACGCAACAGCCCCAGCCCCGGCCUCUGCAGCAGACUACUCUGCCGUGACUCCUGCUCAGCGCGCAGCCGCCGUCGGCGUAGCCAUGCUAGGUGUCUUCGGUGCCGCAGGAGCCUACACAACGAUUCGAUGGAUAGGCAAACGUGCCCACCCGCUCAUCAGCGUAAACUACUUCGCCACCUGGUGCACCAUCGUCUCCGUCGUGAUGAUGUUUGCACUGCCGGGUGUCGGUUUCCUAAUCCCGCGUGGCUGGAGGGACUGGGCGUACCUGCUUUUCCUCGGUAUAUGUGGAUUCGUGAUGCAAUUUCUGCUGGCGGCGGGAUUGCAGCAGGAGAAGAGCUCACGGGCAACGAAUAUGGUAUACACGCAGAUGCUGUUUGCGCUGUUUUUCGAUAAAUUGGUUUGGGGUACGACGCCUGGGUUGUUGAGUAUUGUGGGGAGUAGUUUGAUUCUGGGAAGUGCGAUUUAUGUGGCCAUGCAUAAGGAGGAUGGGAAUAGAGGAGUGCGGAAGGAGGAACUGGGCGAUGAAGAAGCAGCGGGGGAGGAGGUGAGGGGUUUGAUGAGUGCAGAUGGGGAGGAAGGGAGGGAUUCGGAGGAGCUCGAGAUGGGAAGGUUAAGGGAGUGA